UCUUUUAAGAUAUGGUUGGCGCCGUCCAUGAUUAUGAAGCGGGCGGUGGAAGCGAAAUUAGUGAAGAUUUUCCGUUUCCAACGAAACAAAAGCAAAAAACGGAAGAAGAUUCCCAAUGAUCAAAUUCACAACUCAGCAAGCACACGUAAGCCCCGUCGUUAUGACAACCUAAAACCAUUUCACACCUGGGCAGUUCAUCUUCGUCAAUUUAUAGGACUAGAGCAGACUCCACUAUUAUCCGUAUAUUAGUUGAUUAAAGCAUAAAUACUGAAUAUUUUGCUCAAAGAAAUCGAUCAAAGGAGAAGCAGAGAUGGCGAAACUGCUGCAGGAUCUUGUGUACCAGGAAGAAUCUCCUUCGAUUUACACAACAGCCCUAUCUGGGAUAACUCUCUUGUUUCUAGCUUACUUGGGUAUCUCAGAAGCCUUGGGAAAUCACCUCAAGUACUCCAAAUUCUGGAACGUCAAUUCACAGAAAUCUGGAGGGGGAAUCAAACUAUCCAGCAGAACUGGGAUGCUUCUACUCUACAGCCCAGCAGCCGUUGCUGGUCUUGCUUCAUUUCUGAUCUUCCCCGGUGGUGAAAUCAGGUUCUUGAUGCUCAAAUUAGCUAUUACCAUGCACUUCUCCAAGAGGGUCCUAGAGAGCCUGUUCGUUCAUAAAUACAGUGGUGGAAUGAUGUUGGAUUCCGUUGUGAUUAUUUCGUCGAGCUAUUUAUUUGCUGCUGCAGGCAUGAUUUAUAUACAUCAUAUGACACUGGAGGCUACAGAACCAUUGGUUGAUCUCAAGUACCUAGGCUUGUUGCUAUUUUUAGUUGGAAUCGCCGGCAACUUUUAUCACCAUUACCUCCUUUCCAAACUUAGGAAGAAGAAUGAAAAGGACUAUAAAAUUCCCACUGGUGGGCUCUUCGAUUUGGUCAUAUGCCCACAUUAUCUUUUUGAGAUUCUUGGCUUGUUGGGGAUUUCUUUCAUCUCCCAAACGUUGUUUUCAUAUUCUUGCGCCAUUGGCUGCGCUUUCUACUUGAUUGGAAGGAGUUAUGCUACAAGGCAAUGGUACCUUUCCAAAUUUGAAAUUUUUCCGAAAAAUGUCAAGGCCUUGAUACCGUUUGUGUUCUAGUGUUUCAGACAGGUGUUGGAUUAAACUGAAUCAACAUUUUGGCUUUGUUGAUAAUAUGAGGACGUUACUACAAUCUUUCACUGUAAAAGGAUUUGUGACAUUGAGGAAUGAAACAAGGAUUCUAUCUUGUUCAAGCAACUCCUCCAUUGUAUAUUGGCUCUUUAUUUUUCUACCUCUUGCAGUGGUAGCGUUUUUUUGUUAAUGAUUCCUUUCUUUUUCUUA